UAGUGUCAAAAAAAAAAGGAAAUUUUCUUUGGUGUGUGGCAAAAAAUAUAGUGGAAUAAAGAAAAAAAUUUAAAUCUAUAGAUCUUAAAAUAUUUUACCAAAAUAAUGUCGAAAGACAGUGGAAAUCAAAAAGAAGGCAUUAUAAAAGCUGCUUAUGCCGAUGUUAAUAAAUUUGGACAGAACGGAGAAUUCGAAAAGGCAGUGAAGGCAGUCAACAGAAUUCUUGGUAUUGCUCCUGAUGAUCAAACUGCGCUUCAUUGCAAGGUCAUAUGCUUGAUCCAAGUGUCUAAACUUGAAGAAGCUUAUAAAUUUAUUGAAAAAAAUAAAUUAAAUUCUUUGGUCUUUGAAAGAGCUUAUUGUGAGUAUCGUUUAAAUCAACCUGAAAAGGCGCUCAAGACCAUUGAUGGCAGUGAGCAUUUGGGCCCUCUUUCCGCAAACCUCAAGGAACUUCGCACACAAGUUUUAUAUAGGUUAGAGCGGUUUGAAGAAUGCUAUGAAUCUUACAAGGAAAUCAUCAAAAAUACCACUGAUGAUUACGAGAAUGAAAGAAGAACCAACUUGAGUGCUGUAGCUGCUAAUUUAGCUCUGGAUGAGGCAAGGGAAAUUCCGAAUCUACCUGAAGAAACCUACGAAAUGUGCUUCAAUGGGGCAUGUGCCUUAGCAAAUCGCGGAAAGUUUCUCGAAGCCGAAAAGAAAUUAAGAGUAGCAGAAAAACUUUGCCGCGAGACUUUGGAGGAAGACGGAGCUUCUGAAGAUGAGAUUAAAGAAGAAAUUGAUGUAAUUAGGGUUCAAAUUGCUUAUUGUCUACAAAUGCAAGGAAAAACUAAGGAAUCAGGCAUAAUUUACGCUGAUUGCCUGAAAAACAAACCUAAAGAUCCAGCUCUUGUCGCUGUGGCAAGCAAUAAUACAGUAGUCAUCAAUAAGGAUCAAAAUGUGUUCGAUUCCAAGAAAAAGAUUCGUUUGGCUAUGGCUGAUUCUUGUGAACAUAAGUUGACUUCACGUCAAAAGAAGCUCAUCGCUUUGAAUAACUGCCUAUUGGCAUUGUUCACUAACGCUAAUGAUUGUCAAACUUUGUGCAACAAAUUGAUUCAAUCAAAUCCCGAUGUGGAGUUCCAAGCUGUCCUUAUAAAAUGCAGUCAGCUCGCUAAGGAUAAGAAGUACAAAGAAGCUGUGGAUAUAUUAAACAAAUAUGCUGCUUGCAAUGCAAAUAAUUCAUUAGCAAGCAAGUUUGCUAUCAUUCAGCUUUGGUUGUUGCAGGGAAAUCGCAAAGAAGCAAUCGAAGUUCUUCUUUCUCUCGGAGAGUCAAAAUAUAAACCUGGAGUGGUUUCAGCUUUGGUAACUCUCUAUCUAGGUACCGACAAUAAACAAGCAGCUUCCGCACUUCUUAAGUCCGCUGUUGACUGGUACAAAAAAAAUAACGUCAGCAGUGCUGAUUUGUCCGAUAUGUGGCGCCAAGCUGCUGAGUUCCAUCUACGAGGUGGUGCAACAGAUACAGCUGCAAGUUCUCUUGAGGAACUUCUUAAGUUAAAACCAAACGAUAUGAAGGUCAUUGCUCAGCUAGUCAUAGCUUAUGCCCAGAUAAACCCGAAAAAGGCACUCGAAGUCAGCAAAAAACUACCUGCCCUUGAAACUUUGACAACAGCAUCUGAAAUUGACGCUUUGGAAGCAGCCAAUUGGGUCAUGAGUACCAAGGCAGCCAAGAAGUCAGCUAACGCUAAAAUCGAGCAGUCACCUAAUACACCAGGAGAUGUGCAAAAGAAAAAGAAAACCAAUCGGAAGAGAGUAGGCAAGUUGCCCAAGAACUACAAUGCUGAGGUUGGACCAGACCCUGAGAGAUGGCUUCCUAAGUAUGAGCGAACUGGUUUUCGUAAGAAGAGGGAUCGCAGAGCCAAGGACAUCAUAAAAGGCUCACAGGGAAUGUCAACCGGGGCUGCAGAUCAAUAUGAUAUGUCAAAAACUCAGAAUUUGAGCAAAAACUCUCCAGUUACUCCAGUAUAUCAAGAAGCCAAUCCUGGACCACGUCAACAACACCGUAAAGGUGGUGGUCACAAUAAGAAGAAGAAGGGCAGACAUUAAACUGCACAAAUGCAUUUAUCUUCUUUUCUUUUGAAACAACCAGCGCGAACCUCGGCCGCACCUGCUUCGCUAAGCAUUCAUAUUUUUUUAGAAUAAAAUAAAUUUUAUUCUAUUGUAUUUGGAUACAUAAAA